GUGCUCGCCAAAGAUUCGCUGUAUAUUUAGAUCCGCAAUAGUUCUACAAAUAAAUAAGAGCCAAUGAGUUCUUUAAAAAAGCACAACAGACACAUUAAUUGAUAACAAUGGCUGAUAGGGCUAUCAAGCUGUUAGUCAUCGGAGAAAGUGGUGUAGGCAAAUCCAGCUUAAUACGGCGCUUUGUCGAGAACAAAUUCGACGAGAAUCAUGACGUCACAAUUGGCAUGGACUUUAAAAGCAAGGUGAUGAAUGUCGACGGAAUUGACUACAAAGUAGCACUCUGGGACACUGCGGGAGCCGAAAGGUUUCGCAGUCUGACACCAAGCUUCUAUCGGAAGGCUCUUGGCGCCAUCCUGGUCUACGAUAUCACGAACCGCGAUUCCCUGGUCAAACUUGAGGCCUGGCUGGCCGAGCUGGACAGCUACAGCGAUAAUCCCAACAUAGCCAUAAUCGUCGUGGGAAAUAAAAUCGACCAGGAGCGUGUUGUCGAUCGCGAGGAGGGGCGCAAGUUUGCCCGAAAGCAUCGUGCACUCUUCAUCGAGACCUCGGCCAAAUGCGACCAGUUCGUUAGUGAUGUGUUCAAGGACGUUGUUGAGAAGAUUGUAUCCUCGGAGUAUUUUGGCAACGGAUAUGGCUCCGAUGGCAUGGAUAUUGGAGGCAAUGACGUUCACGAGAAACCUGCCUCGACGUGUAAUUGUUGACGUUCGUGUAUUUCAACCAGAUGUUAUGUGUGCUUUGUCAAAUUUUUAGCGUGUAUUUUCUUAUUUGUUUCAAUAUCAUUAGCAUAAAGUCAAACUAACCCUUCAAUUUGUUUCGCCUAUAAAGCCCAUGCUCGUGCAUUCAAGCUAGUUUGUCUCUAAGGAUCGCAAACACUAAUAGAUUCGAAGAAUAACUCCAACUGUCAAUACUUAUUGGCAAAUGUAGGAAGGUUCGAAGUUUCUUUAUCUACCUAAAUCAAAACAUUUGUUUACCAAUGAGCUCAGUGAGUGACGCUUAUUAAUAGCUUAUUAAUCGGUUCAUACAUUCAUAUUCACAUACAUAGAAGGCAGGGAAUGCACAGUAGGGCUUAUCUAUAACUCAUUCUAAAGGUAAUAACCAGCUGUAACGUGAGUCGCGUAUAUCCAAUAUUAGGAAUUAUACAACUUGUACACUAUAUAUUCCUGCACUCCGUUUAUGCUCCUUCCACCUAAUGAUAAAUAUUCCUGUCUUUACCGCAAAUCGUACUGCAAUUUGCUUUCCCUCUCUCUCUCUCUUCCCAACGAGAUACCAUCCAGUCGUUAUAGGGGCGCCACUCGACGAGAGAGAGUGAGAGCGAGCGCGUGGCAGGGGAUUCACCUUGUCUUCGAUCUGAUCCAAAGGAAACAUUCUGUUAGAUGUUAGAUCAUAUUUUCUUCCCCGUCAUUAUCGAAACCCAAAAAUAUAUUAAGCUGAUUAUCCUUU